AUGGCCGCACAUAAUGUGUCUGAGCUGAGCCUGGUUCUUCUGGGGAAUUACUUCAGACUGAAGGCCUUAAUGAGAGACCUCCUUUUGGGAAACAAUCUGUCCACUCAACAUGAUAAAUGUGUCAAAGUCAGAGAAACAUUCCAGGACAAACCAGUGACUGUGAUCCACACUCCAGACCAGCUGCUCUCCACCACCUCACAACAAGAACUCCAACAGUUUAUACAAGACAUUAAAGACCUUAGUGCCCCUGUUCCUCAUGUGUUCCUGCUGGUUCUACAGCCUGAAGACUUCACUGAGCAACACAAAAGCAGACUACAGUCAGUCCUGGAGAGCCUCAGUGAGCAGGCCUUCCAACAUUCACUGGUGCUGAUGUUCAGGCCACAAGCAGAGACACCAGGGUCCAUGGAGAAAUACAUGAGACAGACACAUAUAAGGGACAUGAUCAUCAGAUGUAGAUACAGAUAUAUGUGGAUGCAUCACUCUGAUCUAUAUCAACAUGAUCUGGAUCUGAAAGUAUUUAAACGUAAAGAGCUGUUCUCAAGAAUCUGUGACAUGUUGAAAGAGAACAGUGGAGAUCAUCUGAGCCCUGACCCCUCUGAGGAGGAAGACUCAGGUCUGACUUUGGCCUUUGCGAGCCGCCCAGGGCAGUGUGUUAAACAUGAGGGAGAGGUGUGUGGGCGUCGGGUGUCUCUGAUGGAGCUGCCGGCUCUGUCUGGAAAACCUCUGGAGGCAGUGAUGCAGCAGUGCCGCAUCUCCCUCUGUGCUCCUGAGGGCGUCCACGCCUUCAUCCUGGUUCUACCGCAGGGUCCCCUCACCGACGAAGACGAGGCCGAGCUAAAGACCAUCCAGGACACACUCAGCUCAGGAGUCCUUCUCUUCACUAUGAUUCUGGUCACUGUGGACUCAGAGCCCACUGCUUCAGCUGUGCUUCAGUUUGACAAAGGAGACAGAGACAUCCAGGAGCUGUGUCAGAUCUGUGGAGGAGGAUGUCUUAUAUUCAACCUCAGGGACCAGCAGCAGGUCUCUGAGCUGCUGGAGUCUGUAGAGACUUUAAAGGCCAAGAAUGAAGCUCACAGCUUCACCACAGAGACACUGGUACAAGGUCAGAGAGAGAAGAUCUCUGCUCUGCAGAAAGAACUACAGGAGAGAAGUGAUCUGAGGAUUAUUUUGAUCGGAAAAACAGGGACUGGAAAGAGCUCUUCAGGAAACACCAUCCUCGGGAGAGAAGAGUUUUACACAAAACUGAGUCAAAAAUCAGUCACCAGAGUCUGUCAGAAAGCUGAGGCUGAGAUAGACGGACGCCGUGUUUCUGUGGUGGACACUCCAGGUCUGUUUGACACCACCACAUCCUGUGAAGAGGGAAAUGAGGAAAAAUUAAGAUGCAUCAGUCUGCUGGCUCCAGGACCACACGUCUUUCUGUUUGUGCUACAGAUCGGACGAUUCACACCUGAAGAAAAAGAGACACUAGAACUUAUAAAAAAAAGAUUCGGGAAAGAAGUUGACAGGUUCAUGAUUGUUCUUCUGACUCAUGGAGACAAACUGGAGAAUGUCAACAUGACGGUUGAAGAUUAUAUAGAAAAUGAAUGUGAUGCAUCUUUUAAGGAGCUCAUUUUAAACUGUGGAAACAGGAAACAUGUGUUUAAUAACAGGAAAAAGGAAGACCGCACUCAGGUGAAAGAGCUGAUGAAGAAGAUUGACGCCAUAGUGAAGGAGAACGGAGGAGACUGCUACAACAACAACAUGUUACUACAGGCUGAGGUCCACAUGAAGAGGGAGAUUCCCAAAAUACUGAAAGAGAAAGACAGAGAACGAGAAGAGAUGGAGGGAAAAUAUAAAGAAGAAAUAGAGGAAAUGACAAAGAAACUGAAAAUAUAUGAAGAACAACUAGAGCAGAGCAAGAGACAAAUGGAAGAAGAGAAUAAGAAAUGGAAAAAUGAAAAGAAA